AUGUGUAGCGCACUUUCAAUGACCAAUUUAUAUGAAUGUGGCGGCUAUAUAGGUUCCAUCUCCACUCUGACACGCGUAGCUAUACAUGGUAUGGGUACUUGGCUUCUCGACGAGCAACAGGGUGAAGGCUUGAACGAAUCUCUUUGCCAGAUCUUUACUACUAUCGAAAAGAAUUGCCGGGCACUUGAGAAAUUCAAUUUGGUCAUUGGCGAUGUUGGAAACUGGGAUGAUAUAGGAGGGGCAAAAAUUGUAAAGUCGGCAACGGCUUCGAGGCUUGUCGAAAUAGACGAAGACUUUGAGGACUUACAUUUCGUGGCUAGCCCGAGCAAAAUUCAAUCCAUCAUUCAUCACUCGCAUGACCCCAAACAAGAGAUAAAUGGGGUAAUUGCCGAAGCGAGGUGGGCAAUGGAUGGAUUUAAACAACAUGUCCAGCAUCAGCAAACAGCGGAUCCUGGUGCUGCAGAAUUUUGGCGGAAGGUCAACGUAGUACCUUCUGUAUUGGGCUGGGUUGAAGGCAACUUGAACAAUGCGGGAAUUGAACCUCGACUGUGGUUUCCUGCAAUGGGAUUCACGAUCCCAUGUCAUGAAGAUGGAAGUCCUGUCUAUAAAUAA